UCCCCGUCCUCAAAGGAUUGUUCCCCGGAGUGGCCAGACGGGCUGGGGGACACAGGAUGGAAGAGCUAAUAGGAGUAUCUAACGGGACAUGCGGACGGGCUGAUUUCUUCUAAUAUUUCAAGUGCUGUUUGUGACGGUGUGAGGCCUCGCCAUGCCGCUGGUAAAGAGGAACAUCGAGCCCCGUCACCUCUGCCGAGGGGAGCUCCCCGAGGGCAUCGGCAGCGAGCUGGAGUGUGUGAUGAACAACACGCUCUCUGCCAUCAUCCGUCAGCUCAGCAGCCUGAGUAAACAUGCAGAGGAUAUAUUUGGCGAGCUGUUUAAUGAGGCCAACACCUUCUAUGUGCGCGCCAACUCUCUCCAGGACCGCAUCGACCGGCUGGCCGUCAAGGUCACACAGUUGGACUCAACCGUAGAAGAAGUUUCACUACAAGACAUCAACAUGAGGAAAGCCUUCAAGAGCUCCACCACUCAGGACCAGCAGGUGGUGUCCCAGAGCAGUGUGCCCAUUCCUGUCAAAGAGAUGUACAAUCUGAGUGACAAGCCUCCGCCACUCAACAUCCUCUCAUCUUACAGGGAUGACCACAAGGAAGCACUUAAGUUCUACACUGAUCCCUCCUACUUCUUUGACCUGUGGAAGGAAAAAAUGCUGCAGGACACAGAGGAUAAGAGGAAAGAGAAGAGGAAGCAGAAGGAGCAGAGGCGUUGUGUGGAUGGAACGUUACAGAGGGAGGUGAAGAAGGUCCGGAAGGCUAGGAACCGUCGGCAGGAGUGGAACAUGAUGGCUCUGGAUAAAGAGCUGAGGCCGGACCAUCGACACACCAUACACCGGGACAGAGGGGCUUCCUCUGAGGGCUCGAUGUCACCAGAAAACAGGGGUCACGGUCUUGAUCAGCACCACUACCCUAACAUCAUGAACCAUGCUGGCCACGCCCACACCUACUCCGGCCCACCACCAAGCGUCCUGGCUGCCCAGAUGGCUGCAGGGCACGGCCCUCGUGGAGGAGGUGAACAUGAUAUUAGAGGCAGGACCAUGAUGGCCUAUCAGGGUGGGACACUCGGCCGUUCUCACCACCACCAAGCCCCACUGCCUCCUCCACCCACUGAGGCUAUGAACGGUGGCUCCAUGUCCCUCCCACCAAUGGACUACAGUAUGGAUGGCUAUGCAAACACUGGUCCUCCUCCUCCCCCUCCCACCCCUCUCAUUCCUUCUGCCCAAACUGCCUUUGCCUUACCUCCCGGAGGUCCAAUGCCUUUUGGGCCAAUGGCCGGCGCUGGUGGCUUCUCUCCGCCUCCACCACCUAUAUGUGGAGCCCAGGCAGCUCCACCUCCCCCUGGUCCUCCACCUCCUCCCCUAUCAGCCGGUGCCUCCCACUCCGCAACCCGCAAGAUGUCCUCCUCUGCACCUGCUGAGACAUCAGCGGUCAAUGAUGCCCGCAGUGAUCUGCUGGCUGCUAUACGUAUGGGCAUCCAGUUGAAGAAGGUGCAGGAGCAGCAGGAGCAGCAGGCUAAGAGGGAGCCAGUUGGGAAUGACGUGGCCACCAUUCUGUCGCGACGCAUCGCUGUGGAGUACUCCGACUCUGAGGACGACUCCGAGUUGGAGGAGAACGAUUGGUCGGAUUAACAUACACACACAAACAAUUGGAUAACCACUGAAGACACACACACACACACACACACACGUUAGAAUGCCCACUUUACCACACUCACGGGUUGUCACACACUUUGUUGCUGAAAACACACACCUACACACAAUCCCAUGCUGUAGGUUGAUAUAAGCUGAAUGGUCCAAAACUGGAAAUGUGGGGGUGUAUUCAAGAUGCCUAAACACUGUAAAGACAUAUACUUACCACUCUCUGAAACAUUAACAUAUAGUUUGACAAAUACAGUAUAUUUCAAAGCAUUGUGAAUACACCCCAGUGGAUGUUAUAACACUAUAGACACCCUUUGAAGGUGCUUAUGUCAUGUAUAGUUAAAGCUUGAGAGUGUUAGAAGAAUUAGAAACUUUCCUCUUGAGCUAACCAAUGUACUUGUCUUUUUUUUAAUGUUUUUACUAAAACACUUACGUAUGCUGUAGAUCAUGAGGCAAGUUUUUACUAU